AUGAUCAUCCUGCACGACCCAGACACCCUCCGCCACGAGGCGGCCGAGUUCGUCGGCGCGAAGCUCACUCCAGCUGUAGAAAGUCCCGACAGAAUCAGGAACAUCACCGAAGCACUCAUAGCCUCCAACUAUAAACUCCUAUCGCUCUCCUCAACGGAAGAGGACAAAGCACAAACCCUCGAGAUAGCUCAUCUCACGCACGACAAGCAAUACCUGCACCAUGUCUCCUCCGCGCACUCACUGUGGCUAUCGGCCGGCAUUGUAGGUCCCCAAGAAAGCGUCCUACCCGAAUGCUUCCCCUUCCCGCACUCAGUGACUUCGCAGCCUGGCCCAAGGCCACCAAAGGACGUCUUUGCUCGAGCAGGGUACUACGCCUUCGACCUAUCAUCGGGCAUCAUGCAGGAGAGCUGGACCUCGAUCAUCGCAUCCGCUCACCUCGCCGCGCGUGCCGUCGAGAUGAUACAUGUGCCUCAUGACCAAGUCGCGGAUGCAAUUGGCACCUCUAUCGCCCCACCCGGGUCUCAAGCCAAGGGCAAGACGGUGAUAGCGUUGUGUCGUCCUCCAGGACACCACUGCGACGGCCGUCGGGCCGGUGGAUACUGCUACAUAAACAAUGCCGCCGUGGCAGUAAGCGCCUUCCGAGCUGUCCAGUCCCAAGCCUCAGGCCAGCCCGUGUCUCCGAAAAUCGCCGUCUUGGACCUUGACUUUCACCACGGUAACGGCACCCAGGAGAUCUUCUACAACGACCCGGACGUCCUGUACGUCAGCAUCCACGGUGAGGAUGAGUUUCCGUACUAUACGGGCUCGGUAGAUGAGCGAGGGGGGCCGGAUGCUGAUGCUGUGGGGAAGAACGUCAACUUACCCCUCAGAACGGGGAGCUCGUUCUCCGAGUACAUGAAAUUGCUCACAGAGGGGCUGAAACACAUCGUUAAGCAUGAUCCCAUGUUUUUAGUUAUCAGUAUGGGGUUCGACACUUUUCGGCUUGACCCGUUGGGAAACUUCGCUAUCGACACGGAAGACUAUGCGGUUAUGGCUCGAACAGUGAGGGACCAGCUGGCCGACGUACCAGCUGUGGUUCUGUUAGAGGGCGGGUAUGUUGUUGAACACCUGGGUCCUAAUUUCUUGGCUUUUCUUGGUGGUUGGGAUUCUGGAGCGUCGUUGAAGAUAACUCGGUAA